AUGGGCCCGUAUGUGCCACCAGGCCAGUCGCCACCCUUCGAGGUCGUCGAUGACUUGCACCAUGGCGCAUGGCUAAUUAUCACUGCUGCGCUGGGCCUGGUCGUCUCCUUGGUGUGCUUUUUGAUUCGGCUAUAUGUGCGGCUCAUGUUGAUUCCGCCGUUUGCACGCGAUGAUUGGGUUUUGUUAGGUGCCACAGCUAUCGCUGUGGUGCAAUCAAGUCUCAUCUUUUAUGCGUGCUCGCGCGGAUUCGGGACUUCUAUAUCGUUAUUGAAGGAUGGUCGGCUUGAUCAAAUUCAAGCUUUAAUUGCAACAAGCGAUAUCAUCGCGCUGAUGAUCAUCUACCUCUCCAAAUGCUGCGUCGUGGCUAUCUACCUUCGCCUCACGCCGCAGAAACCACAUAAUCGCGCAUCCUGGGCGACACUAGCUCUGUGCACUGCCUGGGUAAUCCCGGCUAUAUUAAUUGUUCUAGUCAACUGUGAGCUAAACACACCUUGGCGGAGUGACGGUGGCCAAUGCAACGACUUGUACAUGCGAUGGCAAUUCAUCGCUGCAGUCGACGUUAUAACCGAAAUACUCCUUUUCCUACUAGCUGUGAUCCUCCUAAAAGGCCUCUUCAUGUCCGUUCGCCGCAAGCUAGCCGUCGGCUUCGCGUUUAUAUUCCGCUUUCCCCUUAUAAUUCUCUCCAUAAUCCAUAUCUCAACCCUCCGCACCGCCCUAAACAGCAAAGACACUACCCUCGCCGCUGUCGAACCAACAAUCUGGAUGCAAGUCGAGCUCCACUACGCCCUAGUCGCAUGCAGUGUAUUCUGUCUCCGACCGUUUAUGGCAGCCGUCAGCACAAACUACGGUACGGCGGGCGACUCGACACUGGAAAGUAGUGCGUCGAGAUCAAACGGCACGAAAGAAAGCUCAAAGACCGGGUCUGGCUCAGGCUCAAAUUCGAAUACCGCUUCGAGAUCUAUAUCGAAUUCUCGCUCACGGAGGAAAAGAGCCGGUACGGGGUCACGGUCGCUGAUAAUUCCUCCGGUUGUUAGUGGUUCUACCUCUGGACAGCCAGAUAAUCAUGGCCUGGGUCGGGAUGCACCGUUGUGUCUUGAUGCCAGUCCCCGUGCACACGGAGCGCUUGGAAAUAAUCAAAGGAAUGGGGAUAGUGGAAGAUCGGAUACGGUGCGUGCACCAAUGCGCCGGUCGAUGUUCCCGCUCAGCGCACCGCGCAAGAAGCUGAGCUUUCAGGUACCGGAAAAAGGGAAGAAUGGUGUGAGAACUGGGUCUGGGGGGCCGUUUACAGUGGAGUCGGAUUUGAUUGAGCUUAUGCCAAGGCCACAUACUCGGCAUGAGAGUGGUGCGACUGAUGGAGGGGAUGAUGAGGGAGCGGAUAAGAUGGUUAUUCAUAAGGAGAUUCGGUACUCGAUUCAAUACGAGGAUGAGGCGGAGCUGAGGAGGCGGGAGGAUUUGAAGAGUAAUUCUGUUGAUGUUUCUGCUUAUGUAUAA